UUAAACACCAGUCGAAACGCACACAGAAGCAAAUCGAGUGUUUUAUCAUGGCUAAAUUCCGAAUAACUGCUCCAGAGUGAAUAUAUUAAGUGCACUUGACAGGCAGCAGAAGUAAUGUCUCCCCCCCGUGAGUUAAACCUGAGUUGGUACGGUCUGAUGCUGAGCUGCGCGGGACGAAACAAGGCGCGUGCUGCUUCCCAAGUCUGUGCUGCUCAAAUUAACCGCAGCGUUCUUCACCAUGGCUCGAGAUUAUAAAGCUGGAGACCUGAUCUUCGCUAAGAUGAAGGGUUAUCCUCACUGGCCUGCGCGGAUUGAUGAUGUUCCGGACGGAGCGGUGAAGCCUCCUAAUGCUAAAUUCCCCAUCUUUUUCUUCGGGACUCAUGAAACGGCGUUCCUCGGUCCUAAAGAUAUUUUCCCAUAUUUACCAAACAAAGAUAAAUACGGAAAACCCAACAAGAGGAAAGGAUUUAAUGAGGGAUUGUGGGAAAUCGAGAACAACCCUACAGUGGAGCUGAACGGAGAGAAGGUGAUGGCGAUGGAAGCUGUUUCGGAUAAAGAGUCGGACGGCAGCCCCGAUGAUGAACGAGAGGGGAGCGAAAAAAGUCAGGAGAAGAAGAGGAAGUCCAGUAAAGUGGCUGGAGAGGAGGAGGAGGAGGUGGAGGAGGAGGAGGAGGUGGAGGAGGAGGAGGAGGAGGAAGGUGAUGGCAUGGAGAUGUCUCUAGUGGAGGAAGACUCACCACUAAAAGACUCGGCAGAUCCUGCGAAAGCUAAGAGAGUCUGGAAGAAGAAGUUGCACGCUGAAGCCGAGCAGGACUCGGGGGAAGAAGGCGGACCCGCUAGCCACACCUCCAGCCCCGUGGCUGUAGAGGCACCAGCUCCCAAACGGAGAGGCAGAAAACCCAACGCGGAAAAACUUAUGCUGCUGCAGCAACAGGCCUCACAUGGAGAUGCUGGUGGAGACGUAGAGAAGAAGCGCAAGAGAACAGUGGAGGAUAAGAGCAGGUCCUCGGAUGGAGAGAAGGAUCAAACCUCAGAGGGGAAAAAGAAAAAAGAAAAAGAUGAAAGUAAAGGAGGGAAGAAGGAGCCAGAAGCCAAGAAGAAGCGCAGUGCCAAGGAGGAAAGCUCAUCGGAGUCUGACGAGGAUGCGAAGCGAAACCGUAAACGAAUGAAGCAAACAACAGAGACAGAAAAAGACGGACGACGUAAACCAGAUGAAAUAAACGAGUUGGGAAAAGAGGAAGGGAAAAAAGAGGAAAGAAAAGGAGAGAAGAAAAAGGAAGUGUCGACAGAGUCACGACUGCAUAGGCUACACGGCGAGAUUAAAAUCUCACUGAAAAUCAACAACCCGGAUGUGAAGAAGUGUCUGGUGGCUCUGGACGAGCUGAGCUCACUACAGCUCACCACUCAGCACCUCCAGAAACACAGGGAGCUCAUCGCCACACUCAAGAAGAUCCGCAGGUUCAAGGCGAGUCAGGACGUGAUGGACAAAGCCACCAUGCUAUAUCAUAAAUUUAAGACCAUGUUCCUGGUGGGAGAGGGAGAGACGCUGAUCAGUCAGGUCAUCAACAAGUCUCUGGCUGAGCAGCGGCAGUUCGAGGACGCCAAGAAGGGGGCGCUGAAAAGAGUCGAGCAAAGCAAGGAACCCGGCACAGAUAACAGAGCUGUGAAUGGAGACUCUAGUCCCGAAGAUAAGACCACUGAGACGGAGAUGGAAAGGACUGAGGAACCAGCAGAACAGAACAGUGUGAUGAAUCCAGCAGAAGAAUCUGUCUAAUGAUGAUGCACCGCUGAUGAUGGUGAUGAUGGUACACCAUGGUGUGAGUGUGUGUCAUCAGCACUAAGAAACAGGCGUGGCCUUUACACUUUCUCAGUUUUGUCCUCAUCAGAACCCAAGGCUCUUCCCUUGUCUUAGUGAUUUCCAGAAUCAGAAUUCCGGAUUUUUUUUUUGUUUGUUUGUUUUUUCAUUUGUUAAUCUCUAUACAUACAAAUGUUUUAGUCCUAGUUUUAGCUACACCUCCUGAUCCAAAGCUUUUCAAUAUUUUAACAGUCAGAAGGAAUUUAUAAUUAUUCUCACUCGCAUUUUAUUUUAAUUUCUUUUUUUAAACACGUAUCUCCGGAAUGGCUGAGAUAAGGAUCUGGGAAUCUGUGUGGUUCAUAGCGUUCCUCAGACUCUCCCCACUCUAACCUGGCUGAGUGUGAAAGAAAGUGGGAGAUUAGCAGCUGUUAGCCGUCACUAGUGCAGUUUCACUGUGUGUGUGGGUGUGUGCGUUUGUCCUUUCUGUAUGAAUAUAGAGGUAUAUUUUUUAUACAGAAACACUUCUUUUUGUCUCUGCCCGGUGCGAGUAUGUGUGUGUAUGUAUGUGAGCCUCUCGGGGUGUUAAUGUAAAUAAGAGUACUGUAUUUUUGUGUCUGUUCUACAAACUACAACUUUAAGGCCUUUAAUAAAGUAGUGUUUUGUUA